CCCUUACUCAUUCCCUGCGGCUACUACAAACCUCUGGCCACAAAACGCCUUCUUCUUCUUCUUCUCUCUCUAUCUUUCUCUCUCCUUCCUAUAAAAACAGAGUCUCUCCCCUUUGUUCUUCUGCAAAUUUUCUCUCUCUUCUCUUAAAGAUAAAAGAAAGAACAAAAGGAAGCUUGGGAAUAUGGUUCAUCACUAUAUACGCUAUCAGCCAUGGAAGAAGGGGAUGAACAUAAGAACACCUGCCCAGUUUGUUCAUCAUGAUGAUCAUGAAGAACAAGAUGAUGACGAAGAAGCUAUGGGCUGUGAUGAGUUUUAUUACUCUGUUUCUGCUUACAAGAAAACCAAACCCAAGUUUUUGUUCCUUCUUUUCCUCUGUUUUCUUUCUUGCUGCUUCGUUUUUGCUCCUCAUUUCUAUUCUUUUAAGGUUGAAAAUGGUGAUGUUUCUGCCGCUGUUAUGGAGGUUUCUGCUCCUCUCUGUUCUUCAAUCCCUAAUGGAACCAUUUGUUGUGACAGGAAUAGCAUUCGGUCUGAUAUCUGUAUUAUGAAAGGCGAUAUAAGAACAGAGUCUUCUUCCUCAUCAAUCUUCCUCUACACGUCGUCCAAUUCCCGGAUCGACAACGACAACGACAACGACAAUACAGUGAUUCAACUCGAAAGAAUCAAGCCUUACACAAGGAAAUGGGAGAACAACACCAUGAACACAAUUGAUGAAUUGCAGCUCAUUGUUAAGCGAAAGAGCAACGACAUCGAUCGACACCAUCGGUGUAACGUUCGACACGAUGUUCCUGCCGUGUUCUUCUCGACCGGAGGCUACACGGGCAACGUUUAUCACGAAUUCAACGACGGGAUUUUGCCGCUCUAUAUAACUUCACAACAUUUGAAUAAAGAGGUUGUUUUUGUGAUCCUUGAGUAUCAUAAUUGGUGGCUAACAAAAUAUGGUGAUAUCCUUUCCCAACUCUCAAACUAUCCACCAAUUGACUUUAGAAAGAACAAUAAAACUCAUUGCUUUCCUCAAGUGAUUGCUGGUUUGAGAAUCCAUGAUGAGUUGACUGUGGAGCCUUCAUUGAUGGAAGGGAACACGAGCAUUGUCGAGUUUCGAAACCUAUUAGACACGGCGUACCAACCUCGAACCCGAGAGGUGGUUCGACACGAGAAGAACGAAGCCAAAGAGCAACCAAAGUUGGUGGUUCUGUCAAGGAAGGGAUCAAGGGCUAUAACAAAUGAGAAGUUAAUGGUGAAAAUGGCUGAGAAAAUUGGGUUCAAGGUGAAAGUUAUAAGGCCUGAUAGAACAACAGAGCUGGCUAAGCUUUAUAGAGAGCUCAAUGAAUGUGAUGUAAUGGUAGGAGUCCAUGGAGCUGCCAUGACACAUUUUCUGUUCAUGAGGCCUAAUUCAGUGUUCAUUCAAAUCAUUCCAUUGGGGACUGUUUGGGCAGCCGAGACGUACUAUGGCGAGCCUGCGAAGAAGCUCGGUUUGAAGUACGUCGGGUAUGAAAUUCGGCCGAAGGAGAGUUCGUUGUAUAGCAAGUACGAGAAAGAUGAUCCUGUUCUUGUCAACCCAGAUAGCAUUACAAGAAAAGGGUGGGAAUAUACAAAGAAGAUCUAUCUUGAUGGCCAGAAUGUGAAGUUGAAUCUUGCACGGUUUCAGAAGCAAUUGGACCGAGCUUAUUACUAUACCAUUUCUCGAACCCGAGCCCGAACCCAACACCACGGUUCAUUGGAGUGAUGGUUGCAUCAUAUUAUGUGGGGGAGUGUUCUUUUGGGGGAAAAUAAAAGAUUUUUCUAAAUA